AUAAAUAGAGCAAUAUCGAUGCUAUACAAAAUCAGUAUCAUCAAUCAGAUCAAAAAUCAACACACUAAUCUUCCAAUCGUUGUUUAUUUUUUCCUGGGAAAAACUUCUUUUUUCAAUCAAUUCAAAAUGCGAAUCUUUUUCUUCUUGUUUGCUUUGCUCGUUGCCAUUUCAACUGUAAGCGGUAUUCGAGGGUAUCGUAGACAUGGUGGUUAUGGCGGUGGACAUUAUAUUCGUCGAUCACAUGGUUAUGGUGGUGGAUAUCAUAGAGGAGGAUAUGGCAGAAGACAUUAUGGUUAGACAAUGACG